GGGGCGGCGCGGCCGGAGCCCGGGGCGCGCACUCGGCCCGGCCCGGGCCCCAGCAUGGCCGAGCCGCUCCUCAGGAAAACCUUCUCCCGCCUGCGGGGCCGGGAGAAACUUCCCCGGAAAAAGUCGGACGCGAAGGAGCGCGGUGAGCGCGGCCGGCCAGCCCAGCGCCCGGAGCCCAGUCCUCCAGAGCCAGAGCCCCACGCCCCCGAAAAGUCCCAGGCUGGGGCAGAGGGCCCCCCUAGCCCCGAGGCAUCCCGGAGCCCAGCUCGGGGGGCCUACCUGCAGAGCCUGGAGCCCAGCAGCCGCCGAUGGGUGCUGGGUGGGGCCAAGCCACCAGAAGAGGCUGCUUUGGGGCCCAGGGCGCCCGGCAGCGGGGAGCCCGCGGGUGAGAUCUGGUACAACCCUAUCCCUGAGGAAGACUCCAGACCCCUGGCACCUGAGCCCCCGGGGCCACAGCCAGGCUCAGCGGAGCCAGAGGACCCAGCCUCGCAAGGCGCGGCCCCUGCCAGCCCCCCAGCCAAAGCCUCCCGCACGAAGUCCCCCGGCCCAGCCAGGCGCCUCUCCAUGAAGAUGAAGAAGCUGCCUGACCUUCGGCGCCGCCUGAGCCUGCGGGGCACCCGGGCGGGCCGCGAGCGUGAGAGGGCCGCCCCCGAGGGCUCCGUCAUCAGCCGCUACCACCUGGACAGCAGUGUGGGGGCCCCUGGCCGGGCGGCAGGGGCUGGGGCCACACGGGGCCCUCGGGCCGGUUACCUCAGUGACGGGGACUCUCCGGAGCGCCCAGCGGGGCCCCCAUCGCCCACUGCCUUCCGGCCCUACGAGGCGGGCCCCCCAGCCCGAGCGCCGCCCGCCGCACUCUGGGGCCGCCUCAGCCUACACUUGUACGGGCUGGGGGGGCUGCGGCCGGCACCUGGGGCCACCCCCAGAGACCUGUGCUGCCUACUGCAGGUGGAUGGGGUGGCCCGGGCCCGAACGGGGCCGCUGAGGGGGGGGCCCGACUUCCUGCGGCUGGACCACACCUUCCACCUGGAGCUCGAGGCUGCCCGGCUGCUGCGGGCCCUGGUGCUGGCAUGGGACCCCGGUGUUCGGCGACACCGGCCCUGUGCCCAGGGCACUGUGCUGCUACCCACGGUCUUCCGAGGGUGCCAGGCCCAGCAACUGGCCGUGCGCCUGGAGCCCCAGGGGCUGCUGUAUGCCAAGCUGACCCUGUCAGAGCAGCAGGAAGCACCAGGCACAGCUGAGCCCCGCGUCUUUGGGCUGCCCCUGCCGCUGCUGGUGGAGCGGGAACAGCCCCCCGGCCAGGUGCCCCUCAUCAUCCAGAAGUGCGUUGGGCAGAUCGAGCGCCGCGGGCUGCGGGUGGUGGGGCUCUACCGCCUGUGUGGCUCGGCAGCUGUCAAGAAAGAACUUCGGGAUGCCUUUGAGCGGGACAGUGCAGCCGUCUGCCUCUCCGAGGACCUGUAUCCAGAUAUCAAUGUCAUCACUGGCAUCCUCAAGGAUUAUCUUCGGGAGUUGCCCACCCCGCUCAUCACCCAGCCCCUCUAUCAGGUGGUGCUGGAAGCCAUGGCCCGAGGACCCCCAAGCAGGGCGCCCUCCAGCACUGAGGGCACCCGUGGGCUCCUCAACUGCCUGCCGGAUGUGGAGAGGGCCACGCUGAUGCUUCUCCUGGACCACCUGCGCCUCGUCUCCUCCUUCCACGCCCACAAUCGCAUGACCCCGCAGAACCUGGCCGUGUGUUUCGGUCCCGUGCUGCUACCGGCGCGCCAGUCACCCGCCAGGCCCCGCAUCCGGAGCUCUGGCCCGGGCCCCACCAACGCUGUGGACUUCAAGCGCCACAUCGAGGUGCUGCACUACCUGCUGCAGGCCUGGCCAGAUCCCCGCAGGCCCCCGGAGCCUCCGGACGUCGCCCCGUACGUGCGGCCCAAACGGCAGCCGUCGCUGCACUUGCCACUCGCCAGCCCCGAGGUGGUGACUCGGCCCCGCGGCCGGGGCGGCCCCGAAAGCCCCCCGAGUAACCGCUACGCGGGUGACUGGAGCGUUUGCGGGCGGGACUUCCUGCCGUGCGGGCGGGACUUUUUGUCCGGUCCGGACUACGAGCACGUGACGGGCAGCUGCAGCGAGGACGAGGACGAGGACGCGGGCGAGCCGGCGGGCGCCGCUGACUUCGACGAUGACUUCGAGGCGCCCUUCAACCCGCACCUGAACCUCAAAGACUUCGACGCCCUCAUCCUGGACCUGGAGAGAGAGCUCUCCAAGCAGAUAAACGUGUGCCUCUGAGCCGGGCGGGGCGGGACCCCGGUCACUGGGGCCCCGGGCUCCUGGCUGCUGAGGCCGUGCUCCAUCCAGCCCCUGAAGGGACCAGACCGGUCACUCAGGCCCUGGUCCCGGCUGCUGGGGCGUUGCCUAGUGACCAGCCAGCCCGUUGCUGAGAAUCAUUCCUCGUUUCCAGUGCUCGCUAUUGGGGCAUUGGUUGCAUAGGCUGGGACUGGGGAUUUUCGGGACCAGCCGUCGUGGCCAUCUUUUCUGAGUACCAAGGGCUUUUCCCCUUGCUGCCAAAGGCACUUCUCCCGCUUGCUGGGCUGGCCUCUCUUGCCUCCCCUUAGCCAGGGAAACACCAGUUACUGUGAGCAUCACCCCAGGGUGGUGAGACACUCCCCGCCUCCCCACCCCCCACCCAUGCCCCGCGCCAAUCCUCUUGCUGCUGCCAACCAAUUCAGUAUUAGCUUUAAGCACUGCACUCUGCUUCUCCCCUCCGCGGAGGGCCCAAGGACUAUGGUGAAGUGCUGUUUGGGGCAGGGUGGGGGAAAGCCCCUAUCUGGGCUCUGGCUGGAUAGGGGCAGCUGGGGGCUUUUAGAAAAAUAGCUGGUUUCCCCACCCUCUCUUCCAGGGAAAGCCCCGUGAUUGCCUCAAACCAGGAAACGGAGAUAGCAGAGCCUGGCCCUUCCCCUCCCCCAUUCUUCCUCCACAUCCCUGAAGAAACUGAGCACUUACAAGACCUCCCUGUGGAGGGGCCCCUCCUGAAAUGUCAGGCUGGGGGCACUUUGGUACGGAACAUAUUUAUUGCCUCCGUGCGUGUGUGUCUGUGUGUGAGGACUAGUGUGCAUGGGUGGACACGUCUGGAGCAGGCGUAUGGGGCUCUUUCAGGGACCUCUGAGAGGGAAAGAGUUCGCAGUGGCCAGACACCCUAAAAUCCCCAGUAAUGGAGCCACAGUGGGCCCCAGAGCUCCAAUGGGAGAGUAGGGUCCCCUCCUGUCUCCCCCACCUUCCCUCACUCCCAUCUUUGUGGACAAAUAAAUCAAUAUGCACACGUUC